GACAACACUGAUUACCCAAGGCAACUAAAGCAUUAUUUUUAAAUACAAACCUUUGAAGGCGUUCGGAUCGAUUGCGCAGGGAUGCAGACUUCCGAGUGGUCGUCGUGAAUCUAGUUCGGCACUCUUCGCGGGAGCUCAAGGCACUAAAUAGGGAACCGCACGCUGACGUUUCACCAGCAGCCACACGCCGAGAGAAAGCCUAUUAUAACAUACAUCACAACACCUUACAGACACCGCAAGUCCAACUCACCGUGCUUGUAGCACCUGUAUAUAACUUCAGGGGAGUCUUUGAACCAGAGUAACAGCAUGCUGCACGUUUGGCUUUUAAAGUCAAUAUAUAUUCAUUUGGCUUCAAUUUAAUGCAUGAAACAAUUUUGGAAGACGCUUCUCGGCUUAUAUGAGAUCUUCGCUGUGUUGGGAAUGAUGUGGACCUUACACGACAGUAUUGGAUUGCUUUUUUUUUCCUGUUUGUCAUUCCAGAUUGGAUUUUCUCUGCAAGGAAAGUUUACAGAUCUACCUUCCAACAUCACAGCAAGGGAGGGACAGAACAUUGAAAUGGCAUGUGCCUUUCAAAGUGGGACAUCGUCUGUUUACUUGGAGAUUCAGUGGUGGUUCAUACGCGCUCCCGAGGAACCAAGUACAAGGGAAGAGGAUGAGGAGGACACGGAGAUGGAGCUGAUACCAGAGCCAGACCCAGAUGAUGAAGGAACUAAAAUCAGUACAGUCAAGGUCCAAGGCAAUGACAUUUCACACAAGCUACAACUAUUACGUGUGAGCAAGAAUGAUGAGGGGCUCUAUGAGUGCAGAGUCACUGAUGCCAACUACGGAGAACUGAAGGAGUAUAAGGCUCAGGCCUACUUGAAGGUUAAUGCUACAAUCCGUAGAGGACUCAUCAAAAAGACCUCUCCCCUGCACCUGACAGAUAAGAAACCCCGUAAGAGCAGUUCAGCCUUUGGUCAAGACAGCAACAGCUCAGACCAUCGCUCCCAAUCCACCUCUACGUCCCAGGCAUCGCAGUCAAAACCAGUCAACCACAGCACAGGGUCAGGUAACAGGAUAGCUACAAGCUAUGGACUUGCUAUCCUGCUUUUUGCCAGUGGCUGUGUGACAGUAGCUUUGCUAUAGUUGGUGACACUUUUUCCAGUUUCACUGUUCUUAAAGCCAGAAGAAAAAUCACCUUUUUUCCAUGGAGGGUCGGCCUAGUUGGCUCUUACACAAAACCAGUAUUUGCACCCAGUAUGGUAAAAUAAUCUAUACCACAAUCACUUUUUCUUUCUUUUUUUCCAAAAGCUUCAGAAGAAAUCUCUUAUUGAACAUGUGUUCAUUAUGAUGAAUGCAGUAUAGACACAAAGGAUUAUGGGCUAACUUUCACCCAUGUAUUAUUAUUAUUUUAAUGUAUUUUUUGUUUAUACCCAGCUGUGAAUUUAAUAUAACAUGCUCUAAAGUUUGGGAAGAAUUUAUAUUUGUGUAAAAUAUAAAUAUAUACAUACAGAUACAAAUAUAAUGAAUUGAUUUUAAACCUUGGACUCUGUACAGCUUGCAUUCAUUCUGAAAUAUUAUGUGUGCAAGGGCACUAAGGAAAAUGUGAACAUCGCAUUGACAUUGAAGUAAAUAUUGUGGCUGGUUAGAUAACAGAGUACCUGCUUAACUAUGUGAUGUUCUAAGUUGUUUAAUCUGUUUUAAAAUUUUCUGAUUUUAUUUGAUGCUGACUGGUCUUGCUAAAAUGCACCUGCACUCUUUUGUUGUUGUAUUUUUUGUAUAUUUAUUUACUUGUUUAUUAUUUUAUUUUGUAAUUUUGCAUAAUAAAUGUGAGCUUAUUUCUGUUAUUGGACUGUUAUUCUUGUUGUGUAAACUGAAGAACAACAAAAUGUUGUUGUUUUUUUCCACACAUCAUGUGCAAUAUGCAUUCCUUUAGUAUGCCUGAAAACAAUGCUAGGACAUGUACCAAUUAGUCUACAACUGAUUACUAACUUGCUCACAACAGUGGCAAUUAGCAAACUUAAUAAAUACAAUAUUUCUUUAUUUAGAAAAGAAAGAGACAAUAGAUACUCAAAUCAAUCAAUACUCAAAUCCACUUUUCUUGGUCUAUGAAUUUCUUAUACUCUUAAGCAUAAGGAGACUCUUAGGUGCAUUUUGUCCUAUUUCUACCAUCUUGAAUGUGAUUUGAUGCUGCUUUUUGACUUCUCAUUUCCACAGUCUUGACUGCCUGUUUCAAAAACUCAUUAUGCUGAAUCAUUUAAUUUCUACCAUGACUAGAUAGAUUGAUAUUUUCACCCUGCUGUUGGAAUUACCCUAUAAUAUACAUCCCUAGCACAAAAUGUCUUUGUCAAUGUAACAACAGAGCCUGAAUAUGAAAACAACAGAAAAGUACUCUGAAAGACAAAUAAUGCACACUCAAAGAUUGAAAUCAGUCACAAACAGCAAUGUCAGGGUAUAUAUAGAUCAAGGUCUCUUGGAAAUUUACAUUAUACAUUUAUGUAGCUGUCUGUUGGAUAUUUAGCUUAUACAUUUAGGUCAUUGCUUUACCUGAUAUUGUUUGAUCAAAGACUGCUGUUAUGGUCAGAAAAUAUAUAUAAACUCCAAGUAUAAUGACAAUUCAUUUUUAUGCAGGUUAUCAUACUGGCUAAGGAUUACAUUUCCCUGAAAUAUUGUACAGUAAAGAAUAUUUCAUAAGAUAAUCAAUUAAAAUCAUAUGUGCUUUUUAAUCAAACAUGAUUCAAAAAUAAAGAACGAGGGUAUUUUCACUACCACUUAUUGGGAAUGCUUACAUGGCAUCUUCCACAUGAUUGAAGUGUUAAAAAUGUAAUUUAUGAGGAGGCAGUCACAAGUUAACAAGUAGUAAACAAAUCAUUAACAUCAAACAACAUCUCUGAAUAAAUUUCAUAAUCACAUUUGGACAUGGCCUUUUCAUCAUAAUUUCUCAGUGGUAUAUUUGCAGCACUUAAUGGUUCAUCUGACAAGAAAAAAAAAAGAUGUGCAUAUAUAGCCAUUAUUUCUUGGUAGCUAUUUCUUGGUGUCAAAAGUAUAAACAAUGUUUAUUAUAUGUACAUCAUAUAUAAACAAUGAGCACACAAUAAAAUUACUAGGAGGCACUUUACAUAGUAAAUUGCAUAACUCUCCAAUUUGCUAUGAAAUUAUUGCUUGCUUAUGGUUGACAAAAACACAAGAAGACAAGUAUUUUUUUCAAUACGUCUCAGGCCUGAAUAUAGAAUAUGGAUAUGUACUAUCUGCAUAAAGUCACUGUAAUUUAAGCAAGUAGCAUGAUUUUCUUCUUUUUAUUCAAAACACAAAUAUUUUGAUACAUUGUUCUCAAUUGCAUAUGGAAAUGUUUGUUGUUCAAAUGUUCUGUUAUCAGUAAUUUCUGGGAUUUCAUGUUCUUAUCUGUCAUCUUGCCAUUAAAAUAUUAUCAAGUGGCAGCUGGAAUUCUAUGGGUUUAGCAAGACGUUUCCAAAGUGCUGCUGUCAAAGAUGCCGCCUACUGAACAUAUGGGUAUUCCCCUUGGAUCAACAUCAUCUUGAGAGGUGAAUUCAUUAUUCCAUGUACUACAAAAUUCCAUACUGCAAGAGAGAUACCCUAUCUCGUAGAUAUUCUUAUCUGGUAAGGAAAUUAGAAAAUAAAAUUAAUCAUAUGGAAAGUGAUUCUCUCAUGAUUUUGGAAUUCCUGAGUCAUGUUAUGAGCUACAACUGUCUGUUUGCUAAACUGUAGAAAUCUGAUGAGAUUUUUAUUAACAUUUUGUUGACCAGUGUGGCACAGGUACAGUGUUACUAAAGGAAGACUAUAUAUUUCAUCAUCUUCCUUGGCUUACUAUGGACAGAUAUAUAUUAUGUUAUAUGAAUAGUUUCAUAACAUUUGUAAUUUCACGUGGAAAUGUUUUCUUCUCCAAUCCAGAGUUGAAAUAGUUGACUUGCUGGAUUAACAACCAUGCCAAAAAGGACACUGAUUAACUGGUACUUAACACAUCAGACAUUUCUGUAUAGUUUUCCAAAAUGCUUCUCUGUGUAUUCAGAACUUUAUGAAAUGUAAUUAAAUUGUUUUGCAACCACA